AUGCCUGAAUUAUAUCCUUCUCCUGCAUCCACUUCUGACAAUCAGAAUUCCCUCAAUGAGUACCGGCCCCUCACUCUCACUCCUGCAAACAUUUCAACUACUAUGUCGAUGUCUGCAUCACACAUCCGCGCAUCCAUCUCCCAAUAUCAGGUGGAGGCUGCAAACAACAAUCUUCCCCUUUUGGCUUGGAUCAGGCACUUCAAAGCUGGGCUGCAAUGGAAGAUCACUACUUUUGUCAUGCCCAUCCUCCAGUACUCAGCUGCCAGGAACAUCAUUUCAGUCAUUCCCAGCCCUAUUGCUCAUAUUCUUCAUUUGAUUCCCGGUCACACCUGGAACAUGGUUCCGGAUCACAUCUUUUCAUAUCACAUCUGUGUGUUUCAUGACAUCGCAGAUCCCGGAGAUCCAUCCCUGAUCGUAUCCAGCCAUGAUACCCCAUGGUGGAUGGGAGAAACUGCAAUCCCGAACAAACCAUGGCAAUGGGAUCGGGUGAUGACUUGCUGUAUCUUUCACUACCAGCAUUGGCUAGAUGGCAUUGAGAAUGAUGGUCUGACAAUUCCGGAGCAGUUCCGGAUCUCCAUUACUGAUUCCCAACUCCUGGCAUUUAACUACCAAGUGUUACAAGAACAUCUAGACGCUUGGGCCCCUACUAUUUUUCUCCUAAUCCUCCUAGUAUCGGCCCUCGCGUCAUACCCUUACCCCGACCUUACCCUUGUCAUCCUCGUCAUCCUCGCAUUCCCUUUCGCCCUCUACCUGUCGCUUCAGCAAAGCCAGUACAUUUGGCCGGAUCCUUUCGCUGACGAAGCAUACCCAUGCUCCGUUUCACCACCUGACUGA